CACACAGUCAUGCAGCAGUUCGAAAGUGCGGAGAAAAACACAGUAAGAAGAAUCUUAAAAAUGCCCGAAAUACUAGCAGAACGAAAGGGAAAGACUCCAAAUAGAAACAAGGAAGAUAGAAUCGAGAAUGGCGAAUGCGACGGCAACCAGAAUAACGCUUUACUCGUAAAUGGAGAUUUAAAAGAACCARUUGAAGAAAAACCAAAAAGCAAAAUCGCGCGAAUCGAACGAGAAAACUCAACGCACGCCAACCUUGACUUUGGUCCACAACUCCGAAAAAUAAAAGUAAACGACCAAGUUUGUGAGCUACAGACCAUUUUGAGAGAUAGAACAACCAGCCGUGGAGACUUUAUAUUCUAUGGUGACAGAUUAAUUCGGCUUGUUGUAGAAGAGGGUCUGAACAUUCUUCCUUAUGAAAAGAGUACAGUAAAAACACCAACAGGUGCUGAAUAUGAGGGACUUUCCUUUAUGAGCGGCAACUGUGGAGUGAGCAUAAUGAGAAGUGGUGAAGCCAUGGAGAAAGGCUUGAGAGACUGCUGUCGAUCAAUUAGAAUAGGCAAAAUACUGAUAAAAGUACAUGAAGAAAGGCAACAACCAGUGGUCUAUUAUGCAAAGUUUCCUAAAGAUAUUGACAAAAGAAAGGUGUUAUUAAUGUACCCUUUAUUAAACACAGGAGCAACAAUAACCACUGCUAUCAAUGUUUUAUUUGAACAUGGCGUCCAAGAAAGAAACAUUAUCAUACUUUCGUUAUUCUCUACCCCAGAAGCUGUGAGAACAAUACUCAAGAAAUUCCCUUCAUUAAAAAUCCUGACAUCAGAAGUUCACGAGGACUGUUCUAUAUUAUUUGGACAAAAAUAUUUUGGGACUGAUGUCAAUUAGUCAUUUUUGGUUGGUUUUAUAAUAUUGUUUGUAAAGACGUUAAUUAAAAAUGAAGCAGUUGUCUGGGAAGGGGGAUAGGGAUAACAUGUACAUUGUCAACCCAAUUCACCACCUUCCAUACAUCAGUUCACUGGUAACACAGAAAGCAUUAAAAUAUUAGACCCUAACAGGUAUUUUCAUAGGAUUUUUUAAAUUUGAACCUUGCAGGAUUGACUAAAUGCAUUUUGUUUGACCAGAAGAUAUAACUAGCUAAAAACUAGUGUGAGGUGCGUCGGUGUUUCUAAUAAAACAGUAAUGAUAAAAAGGUAAAUUAUACACCGUGAAAAGAUGAAAAAACUUACUAAACUUACAUUUUGUUUGACCAGUGAACUGAAGUAUGGAAAGUGGUAAAUUUCUCAUCUUAUUGCCUAUAAACCUCGCAGGCUUCUCCCUAAGGGCUGCUUUGAAGGAUAAAAGGAUUACAGAAGAAGGGGAUGCAUACACUGCAGUAUUUGUGACAUACUGUAACCAAGGAAGCCAAUGAAAAUUAAUUUUGUCCAUUAACCCUCGUAUCAACCUGUUGAUACCCCAACAUUAACCUAUUGGUGUUAUUGUAGUUGUUACUUAGGCUGAUAGCUUUGCAUCGCCUGAAAUUAAUCAGCAUUAAUAUUCUAUAAAAUUUAAUCUAUUUUUUAUUUUAUCAUAUUUAUCACUAAAGUUACUGAUGGUUUGGAAUUAACCUUGCCAAACUAAGAAAAAGAUUACAGUUCUCUAAUUCCAUGAUAUGCUUCUCUAAGUUGUCAUGCACAAAGGUUUCAGUACGAGGCUCUAUGCUAUAUUAAAUUAAUCCUUUUCUGGCAUGUCACGUAGGCUUACAUUGGAAACUGUGUUCAUGACAGGCAAGGCACAUCUUAAGAGUGAGCUUUUACAAUGAUAAUUUUUAAUGAUGACGACGAUAAUGAUAAACAUUGACAGAUAAUGUUACAUUGGAAAUGAUGGUGGUUGUGAUGAUAAAUGAUGGUGAAAGUGGUGGUUGUAAGGACGUGGUGAUGAUGAUGACUAAUUGAUUGGUGUUGAUGGUUCGGUGUUGAUGAUGAUUGUCAUGGUGAUGCUGGUGUUGAUUAUCAUAAUUGAUGUUAAAAGAUCCUUGAUAAUAAUUAGAAAAACAAUGAUAUAGCAUGGUUAAAAACUGUUGGGCCAACCAAGCUCUCCCAGUCACCUCAAAGUUAUUUUGAAUGCAAGGCUUAUUGAUGGAAAUACAAAUGAAAUUCCAUUGACAAAAAGUAUAACUGUUUUCAUUUUAACUUUGUAGCCACUAUAAUUUUGAGAAGGUUCCAUUUAAUACCUUACACAACCCUUAAAAAUAACAUUUUUGCUGCAAUAUGGUAAUGUGUAGUUACAGAGGAAAUCCCCUAGGAAUUUUUUUAAGACCCCCUGCCCCAUACCACUAGUGGAAAUUCUAAUUUUCUCCCAUACAAACUCUGUAAUUUUGUUCUUUCUCUGACAUCCCUCCCUCAGAAAUUCCUCUGUGGGGUGGGUAUGGUUUCUGGAAAUACACAAUGACCAAUGACUCACACAUACUCGUUAAAUUUAUGAUAAAACAAUGUCAAAAAAAAGGAAAAUAAAUUAAUUCAAACUAUUGAAUACAAUAGACCUAUAA